AUGUCGUCAAUGCGCAAUGCAAUCCAACGUCGCAACCACAAAGAACGUUCCCAAAUCUCCUCCCGUCAAAGAUACGGCCACCUCGAAAAGCACAAAGACUACGCCCUUCGCGCGCAAGACUACAAUUCCAAAAAGGCCCGUUUAAAGAUCUUAAAAUCAAAGGCUUCGGAGAGGAAUCCAGAUGAAUUCUACUUCGGAAUGGUUAACGCCCGCACGAGGGAUGGUGGUGUUCUCGUCAAGGAGAGAGGCGCCGGUGGGAAUGAUAGUAGAGUUAUGGGGAUGGAUAGGGUUAGAGGGCUGAAGAUGCAGGAUAAGGCUUAUAUAAGAGUUAUGGGAGAUGUGGAGAGGAGGAAACGGGAGAAAUUGGAGGAGGAGUUGGUGUUUGUGGGUGUUGAUGGGGUGAGUGGUGGAAUCGACGGAGGAAAGAAAAAACUAUUCGAUGAGGAGGGUAAUGUGAUCAAGCCGGCUAAGGGGAAGAAGAAGAAGGUAGUGGAUGAGGAUGAAAUGGAUUGGGAGGAUGAAGACGACGAUGAAGACGAAGGGCCCAAACCAACCAAGGCGGAGCAAAAGGCCGCGAAGGCGCGGAUGGUAAAAUACAAAGAACUCGAGGCGAGGAUGAAGCGUGAGGCGGAACUUCGGGGCAUGGAGAGGGAAUUGGAUGCGCAAAGAGAGUUCAUGGGCAAGAGUGCACCUAGGAUGGGUCUCACAAAGGAAGGGAAGCGGUGGUUCAAUAAUGCUCGGAAGAAGUGA